AUGCUGAGAAGCGUAUUUCUCAGGAGGACUGCGAAUGCUUUGUGUCAUCCAACUACGGUUUCCAUAAGAGGUGUGAAUUCCAGGGCCUAUGUGGAAUCGGUAGGGACUUUGAAAGCCGAUCUUAAGAAAGCUAUGUUGGCGAAGGAUGAUUUCAAAAAAACGACUAUUCGCGGGCUUCUUUCUGGCAUCAAAAACAAGGAGAUAGAUAGUCAAGGGAAAUCGCUCGACGAGUUUGCGCUUCACGAUCUGUAUUCGAAGCUAAUUGCGCAGAGAACCGAGUCUAUAAAACAGUUCGAGCAGAACAACAGACCCGAAUUGAUUGACCGCGAGAGAAAAGAGGCCGAACUUAUCCAGAGAUAUUUGAGCCAGCUACCAGUGGCGUCAAAGGACGAAGUCGAUGGUCAGAUCUUGACGCUGCUGCAGGAAUUGCAGAAAACCGAGCCCUCACUACAAUUGAAAGAAGUUUUUGGCAAGGUGGACUGGAAAUCUGCGCCAAUGGAAUGGAAGGCCUCGGCUGCGAUGAUUAGGGCCAGUAUAGCCUCGCAAUACAAGAAAGUGUUUUGA